AUGGAGCAUCCUCACCCACCAGACCCCAACCGCAAUCCCCCAAUCCACUGUACCCAAAGUGCGAUUCACAUUUCCCCAAGGAUCUUGUCAGAUCUCCCGGAGAACCUGGAAGAAGCAGAUGACGAUUUUGAAGAAAACCAAGCCCUGGAGCAAAGCAAUAUGCUGAAGCAAGCAGGAGAGAUGUUAGCACAAAUCAAUAUCAAAAAAGGAAAAGAAGCUGAAUGGAAGAAGCAUCAAGCAGAGAGUGGGAAGCAGAGAGAUUUAUCCACAAGCCUAACAACAGAUCAACACCUUGCCAAAGAAGAAGUGGAUUUAACAGCUAUUAUGAGGAGUUUGCAGAUCACAAUCCCAGAAGAUAUAGAGUUAGGCUAUCAAGGGGAAGAAAUACAGAAGCCAGAAGAAAGCUCACCAUUCAAGCUGCUAAUAAAAGUUGCAAGCUCAGUAGGUACGCCAAGAAACAUCCCUCUGAAAGUUCUGAAUGAUACUAUGUCUAGCGCUUGGGGAGGAAAUUACUGGGUUAUUGAACAAAUAAAACCAGCCAUGUAUGUAGCUUAUUUCAGAAAUGAAGAUGCUAUGGAUUUUGUGCUCAAAAGGCAACCCUGGUCAGUGGAGAGUGAUAAUCUUUUGUUUGAAUGGAUAAAUCCAAAAGAUGCAGACAGGGAUGUAGAGGACUACCACUUCAGAUUCAUAUAUGUACCGAUAAGAGUCUAUGGAGUUCCAGAAAGAUUCAGAACUCCAAGUCUGAUGAGAUUUGUCAUAGACAAUAUUGCCCAGCCUUCAGACUUGCAUCCACCACCAGAAAUCACAAUGACAGUUAGGAAGGAUUAUAUCCAAGCAUAUGCAAGAAUGGAGAUCCAGAAGCCAGUGAAAGAUAAGGUAAAGUACUAUAUAUCGCCAAAGGAAUACAUUCUCUUUUACUUGAACUAUGACAAAGUAAAGAGGAUUUGUAUUUUCUGUGGCCUGAUGUUUCAUUCAGUGCAAAAUUGUCCAAACAGGACAAAGUUAAUCAGGCACCUCCAAAGCAUAAACGUCAGUACUUCCUCAGUUCCAUUUUCAAAUAUAGGAAUCUGGACUUCCCAAGCAAAAAAGAUCCCAGUUGAAGCUUUCCAACAAUCAAAUAUAGUGGGAGGUCUGGCGCCGGAAUUCAGAAGAGACUUCAAAAUGGAAAGAGCAGCGAAAGCAAACCAACUCUCGCUGUCCAGAUUUAAAAUCUCAGAUAAGAACGAAGAUCGAAACACGGCCACUGAAAAACUUGGUCUUACAAGCAACCAAGCUAAAGCUCAGUUGACACUAGAGUCAACUUCCUUCUUUGGCGACCCAUUAUUCGCUCAACCAGAGUUUAACCAAGCAGCUUUUUUCAAGCAUAAAUCAGUAAUUGAUCCAACCCCACAACAGAGGCUAAAAAGACAUGCUGAACCAGAGGAAUUUCCAAUUCAAGAGGAAAUGCAAAAUGCAGAGAUGAGAACAGAGCAUCCUCUGGCUGCUGAUCUGAGUAAAGUGUAUUGCCCACCGCAUAAGCGCAAACAGCAAGUUCCAGAAAAUAGUGACAUAAUUCAGAAGUCAAGUCAGACUCUUGAGCAGCAGCAUCAAUGUUCAUUCAGGUUUACUGGAGGAACAUCACAGCCCCCUCCAUGUAGCCGGAAAAAACUCAGAACAUAUAAAAGGCAUCGGUGUAAUGAAAAGAUCCAAUAUGUGCAAGCAUCUACCUCUGAUCUUAUCCCAAAAGAGAACCAAUUCUGGAAACCAUUAGCUACCAGUCUAGCGAAUUCUCUUGACAAGUCAGUCAAUGUAACUCACCAAGUUCAGAAUCAACUUAACAAAGAUCCAGGGAACAACAGAGAAACGUUGUACAUGGAAGAGAAUGAGGAAAACUCACAAAAAGAAGAACAGGCAGCGGCGCCAGCCUUCAAGGCGCCACGGGCGCAAUGAGUCUUAUAAGUUGGAACUGUCAAGGUGCAGGCAAGAGCCUUGACAGCAACAAAAUGUCAUAUCUUGCCAGGUUGAUGUACUCCACAAAUGCUAAGCUUUGUAGUGCCAUCCGAAGGACGCUCUGGAGGACUUUGGCUGCUUUGGGACAUCGACAUUGACCUCAAUAUCAAAAGCGCCAGUAAUAAUUUAAUCUUAGCGUCCCUUGUAAAUACCUCUACUAAAGAAGCAUUUUGCUUAGUUUGCAUGUAUGGAGAUCCUAGUCACUCCAAAACUAGAGAUUUAUGGAAUCAAAUCUCUGCUUUUGUCGAUGAAAAUAGAGGGAAGCCUUUACUUUGUAUGGGGGAUUUG